AUGCGAAUCAGGACUUCGAUGAAGGAAUACUUUGGAGAAUUCUUGGGCACAGCCGUAAUGAUCACGUUUGGAAAUGGUGUCAACUGGCGAAGUCCGAUUCAAGUCGUGGUCUCCAACCUUACUCAGGGGAGCUACCUGUCCAUUUCUUUCGGAUGGGGAAUCGGCGUCAUGUGCGGAGUCUACGUCGCCGGUGGUAUCUCUGGUGCUCACUUGAACCCGGCUGUCACUCUCGGUCUGGCUACAUUCCGAGGAUUCCCUUGGCGGAAAGUUCCAGGCUACGCGGCGGCUCAAAUCCUCGGAGCCUGUGUCGGAAGUCUGCUCAUUCAAGCCAACUAUUGGAACUUGAUCAACCAGUUUGAGGGCGGAUAUGGAGUAAGGACCUUUGGUGAAGCCACGUCUACCGGUAGCUUGUUCUUCACCGCCGCGCAAUCUUACAUGUCCAACAUCAGCUGUUUCUUCUCCGAGGUCUACGCCACAUGCAUAUUACUAAUGGUCAUUCUCGCCAUGGGCGACGCCAAUAAUAAUCCUGUCCCUGCCGGUAUGAACGGUCUCAUCCUACUUUUCCUCAUCGUGGGAUUGGGCGCUUCGCUCGGCACGCAGACUGCCUAUUCCAUGAACCCUGCUAGAGACAUCGGUCCUCGAAUAGCGGCGAGCAUAUUUGGAUACCCAUCCUCGAUCUGGACUUACCGAUCGGGCUACUGGUUCUACACUGCCGCAUUGGGACCCAUCGUGGGGGGCCUGCUGGGAUGUUUCCUCUAUGAUCUGUUGAUCUUCAACGGCCCCGCCAGUCCUUUGAACCGGUAA